AUGAAAAAGCUCCGCAAAGAACCAAAAGCAUCGAAGUCCAAAGAUGCUGCAAAUAGAAGAAGAAAGACGGAACGUGAAGAAGAUGCUGAGCUUUUGGAUGACGAAAAGGACACCCCUUCUAUUGUUGAAUUCACUGAAAGUCCAGCAUAUAUACAUGGAGAGCUUCGUCCCUAUCAAAUUCAGGGCCUUAACUGGCUAGUUUCAUUGUAUGAGAAUAACUUGUCUGGUAUAUUGGCCGACGAGAUGGGUUUGGGUAAAACCUUGCAAACUAUCUCGUUUCUAGGCUACUUGAGAUACUUCAAGAACGUCAAGGGUCCACAUAUUGUUAUUACUCCAAAGUCUACUUUGGAUAAUUGGGCAAGAGAGUUUGCAAAGUGGACUCCAGAAGUUCGCGUGGUUGUGUUGCAAGGUGAUAAAGAUGAGAGACAACACUUAAUACAGAACAAAUUAUUAUCCUGCGAUUUUGACGUUGUUGUUGCAUCCUACGAAAUUGUUAUCCGUGAAAAAUCAACAUUCAAAAAGUUUGCUUGGCAAUACAUUGUGAUAGACGAAGCGCAUAGAAUAAAGAAUGAAGAGUCAAUGUUAUCCCAGAUCAUUCGAUUAUUCCACUCGAGAAACAGGCUUUUGAUUACAGGAACCCCCCUUCAAAACAACUUGCACGAGUUGUGGGCUUUGCUCAACUUUAUUUUACCAGAUGUUUUCGGCGAUAGUGAUGCUUUCGACCAAUGGUUUACAUCUGAAGAAGAAGAAACUUCUCAGGGUGAUGGGGGAGUGGUAGCUCAGUUACACAAGGUGCUCAAGCCGUUCUUAUUGCGCCGUAUUAAAUCCGAUGUUGAAAAAUCUCUUUUGCCAAAGCAAGAAAUGAAUGUGUAUGUCAAAAUGACAGACAUGCAACGCAAAUGGUAUCAGAAGAUUCUUGAAAAAGACUUGGAUGCUGUUAAUGGAGCAAACGGCAAAAAGGAAUCUAAAACUAGAUUGCUCAAUAUUGUUAUGCAAUUGAGAAAAUGUUGCAACCAUCCGUACUUGUUUGAAGGUGCAGAGCCAGGUCCGCCAUACACAACGGAUGAACAUUUAGUUUACAAUUCCCAGAAGAUGAUCAUUUUGGAUAAAUUGUUAAAAAAGUUCCAGAAAGAAGGGUCUAGGGUAUUAAUUUUUUCCCAAAUGUCUAGAGUUCUCGAUAUCCUUGAAGAUUACUGUAUGUUCCGCAGUUAUGAAUAUUGCAGAAUCGAUGGGCAAACUGACCAUGCUGACAGAAUUCAAGCAAUUGAUGAAUACAAUAAGCCUCGGAUCUUCAAAAUUUGUGUUCUUGUUAACAACGAGAGCUGGAGGGUUUGGGUAUUAACUUAA